AUGAGCGUGCGCGCCCUCAAAGACAUCACAUUUGGCAGUGUGGCCGGGAUGACGUCGAAGGUGUUUGAGCACCCGUUUGACCUGACGAAGGUCCGUCUGCAAUCGCAAGUGCUCGACGCGACCGCUCGCUUCAAAGGGCCCAUAGACUGUCUGGUGCAGACAUGGCAAAAGGAGGGCAUACGGGGCCUGUACAGGGGCCUGCCUGCGCCGAUCGUGGGCGCGAUGGCUGAGAACGCCUCGCUUUUCUGGUCGUAUCGUGAACUGCAAAACGCAAUACGCGCGGUCAGCAAACAGCCCGCGCAGGAGCUGUCGCUCGACCAGCUCGCUCUCGCAGGUGCCGGCGCCGGCUUCCUGACCAGUUUUGUCCUGACCCCCAUCGAGCUUGUAAAAUGCAAAAUGCAGGUCCAGAUGCUUAUGGCGCCCGGACUUCCUGGCCCUAUCUCUGUUCUUACAUCUAUCAUCCGUACUUCUGGCUUCCGUGGUCUCUGGCUCGGCCAGACUGCAACGCUCAUCCGCGAGACCGGCGGUGGUGCGGCGUGGUUUGCCUCCAAGGAGGCUGUGGCCACGCUACUCCUUGCACGGCGGCACGUACCUGCUCAUGACAAGAAGGCACUAAGAGCAUGGGAGUCGGCGGUCUCUGGGGCGUGUGCGGGCGUGGCGUACAACGUUGCGCUGUUCCCCGCCGACACGGUCAAGAGCGCGAUACAGACCCAGGCAGAGCUCAGACCGAGGGCAGCGGGCGAGCCAGGCCCAACGUUCUUGGGUACGCUGCGGGCGAUGUAUCGUGCUCAGGGCGUGAAGGGAUUAUAUGCAGGCUGCGGCGUCACGGUGGCGAGGGCAAUUCCCAGUAGCGCCCUCAUCUUUUUGAUUUACGAUGGAUUGAGCAGUAGAUACGGAUCAUGA